ACUCUGCUUUACCUGGGAGUCAGAAGGUUCUACCUAGGACUGCAUCCAAUCAAACGGUUACUAACGUCUAAGAUAAGAUACACGUACACCUCAUCCACACCAUAUCGAUACUCCUUCAAGAAAGCGCACGAUGCGCGUCGCCGCGCAUUUUAGCAACAGCCACUGAGAGAGAGAGCACAGAGCAGAGAGUGUUGCCGCAAGGACUGGCACUGACGAGUGUUCAAAUAAGAAAGGAGGAUUUAGGGCUUUAGACACAGAGAGAAAGAGAAAUGGUGAACCCUAACCCUAAUCCUAACCCAAGGUGCUACUUGGAUAUAAGCAUAGGAGGAGAGCUAGAAGGGAGGAUGGUGGUGGAGCUCUACAAGGACGUGGUCCCCAAAACCGCCGAGAAUUUCAGGGCUCUCUGCACCGGAGAGAAAGGCAUUGGCCCUUACACCGGUGUUCCCCUCCACUACAAGGGGAUCUAUUUUCAUCGCAUCAUCAAAGGUUUUAUGAUUCAAGGUGGAGACAUAUCCGCUCAGGAUGGCACUGGAGGCGAAUCUAUUUACGGCUUGAAAUUUGAAGAUGAAAACUUCGAGUUGAAGCAUGAAAGAAAAGGGAUGUUAUCGAUGGCUAAUUCAGGGCCAAACACCAAUGGAUCCCAGUUUUUUAUUACUACAACUCGCACUUCUCAUCUAGAUGGAAAGCAUGUUGUAUUUGGGAGGGUAAUCAAAGGAAUGGGUUUGGUUCGUUCAAUCGAGCAUGUUACAACUGGAGAGAGUGAUUAUCCCACUCAAGAUGUUAUCAUUGUGGAUUGUGGCGAAAUUCCUGAGGGUACAGAUGAUGGAAUAUCGAACUUCUUUAAGGAUGGUGAUACAUAUGCUGAUUGGCCUGCUGACCUUGAUACCAAACCGGAUGAAAUUUCUUGGUGGAUGAAAGCUGUAGAUGACAUUAAGAGUUUUGGAAAUGCAGAUUACAAGAAGCAAGACUAUAAGAAUGCUCUUAGAAAGUAUCGUAAAGGUUUGCGCUACGUGGAUAUAUGCUGGGAAAAGGAAGACAUUGAUCAAGAGAAAAGUUCAUUGUUGCGAAAGACAAAGUCUCAAAUAUUUACAAAUAGUUCUGCUUGUAAAUUGAAAUUAGGAGAUCUAAAAGGAGCAUUGUUGGACGCGGACUUUGCAAUUCGUGAUGAUGAGGAUAAUGUGAAAGCUUUGUUUCGCCAAGGCCAGGCAUAUAUGGCCUUAAAUGACGUAGAUUCGGCAGUUGAAAGCUUCAAGAAGGCAUUAGAAUUGGAGCCCAAUGAUGGAGGAAUAAAGAAAGAGCUUGCCACUGCAAGGAAGAAGAUUGCUGAUAGACGUGAUCUGGAAAAAAAGGCUUACUCUAGAAUGUUUCAAUAGAGUUCUUGCAGUAUUCUAAUAUGCCAAACACAUUUAGGAUUGAUUUUGAUUUGAUGAGCAUUUGUUAGGUUAUACAGUCAGCUGGUUCAGGCUUUUUGUUUGCAGACAUUAAUUGGCUUUAGUUAACAUAAGGCAUUGUUGGGGGCAAGGAUAGACUGGCAGAUUUCAUGAGGAGACGAAUCAGAAAAACUUCAGCUUGAACCUAUUUUGUGAUUUGUCACACCAGUCUAAUAGCACAUUAUUUCUGGCUGGAACUGUGUUGCCAAAUACAAUAUUCAUCUGAAUCAUCUAAACAAUCUUGUUAUCUUUCGUACAAAAAAACUUUUUAUUUGAUGUAAAAUUGAUGGUUUCUUCUUCUUCUUC